UUUUGAAACUGAAUUAAGUAUAGUCUUUUGCAGCCAUGAUCACCUCAUCAAGUUUCCCAUUACUCUGCCUCACAAUCUCUAUACUCUUUCUUCUUCCCUUGCCCCCCUCCCAUUCUGCAGACCCUGAUCCACUACAAGACUUGUGCGUGGCAGAUUUAAGUGCCUCCACACCAGCCGAUUAUAACUUUCCCUGCAAACCCAUCUCAGAGAUCACAUCAGAUGACUUUUUCUUCGACGGCCUGACCAAACCAGGAAACAAAACCAAAGUUUUUGGGGUAUCUGUAUCAGCUGGCAAUGUCCUCACAUUUCCUGGGCUCAACACUCUUGGCAUAUCACUCAACAGAGUUGGGUUUGCGCCACGUGGCAUCGUCCCACCUCACUCACACCCUCGAGCCAGUGAGGUUGGGGUCGUCAUGGAAGGCAAGAUCCUCACUGGUUUUGUGACGACUAAGAAUGUUUUUUACUCCAAGGUUUUGACUGCUGGGGAGGUUUUUGUGAUUCCCAGAGGGCUUGUUCACUUUCAGCUCAAUGUUGGAGAAGGUGAAGCCCUUGAGUUUACUGCUUUCAACAGUCACUUGCCUGGUUCUGCUACGGUUCCUUUGAAUCUAUUUUCUGCCACGCCUUCGAUCCCUGACCAUGUGUUGACCAAGACGUUUCUAGUGGGUGAAGAUAUUAUUGAUAACAUUAGAUCCAAGUUUAGGUUUUGAGAUGCUUUGAAGAUUGAUUAGUUAUAGUUUUGGUUUUGUUGGAACAUUGUUUUCUUUGUUUGUAAAAGGUUUGACUUGUUUUGUAUUUGGUUCAACAUCUUUCUAAAAGUGCGAGGAAUGUUAAAAGUGCGCACUUUGUAGCUCUUCUAAUUUUCUGUGUUUGUUUUUU